CCUCUCCCCAAUAAGUAGCACUUCACCUUCUGCCUCUGCCUCCGCUCUCAAACACUGAUCAUCACUCACAAGCCCCCCACCCCCUUCGGCAAUAUGGCUACAAUGGGUUUUAGUUGCAUUGCCGCUUUGCUCUUGCUGCUGCUGAGUUAUGUCGAAUGUAGAAUUCCUGGUGUCUACACCGGUGGAGCUUGGCAGACCGCCCACGCCACCUUCUACGGUGGAAGUGAUGCCUCCGGCACCAUGGGGGGUGCUUGUGGGUACGGCAACUUGUACAGCCAAGGAUACGGCGUGAACACGGCGGCAUUGAGCACGGCGCUUUUCAACAAUGGGUUCAGCUGCGGUGCGUGCUUCGAGAUUAAAUGCAGAGAUGAGCCGCAGUGGUGCCACCCUGGCAGCCCCUCCAUCUUCAUCACUGCCACCAACUUCUGCCCGCCAAACUAUGCGCUGCCCAAUGACAACGGUGGCUGGUGCAAUCCGCCCCGCACGCACUUUGACCUUGCUAUGCCCAUGUUCCUCAAGAUCGCCGAGUACCGUGCUGGCAUUGUGCCCGUCUCAUAUCGACGGGUGCCGUGCCACAAGAAGGGCGGGAUCAGAUUCACAAUCAACGGCUUCCGUUACUUCAACUUGGUAUUGAUUAGCAACGUGGCGGGUGCAGGGGACAUAAUGAAGGUGUGGGUGAAGGGGUCGAGGACGGGUUGGAUGGCAAUGAGCCGCAACUGGGGCCAGAACUGGCAAUCCAACGCCGUUCUGGUGGGGCAGUCGCUCUCUUUCCGCGUUAAGGCCAGCGACCAUCGCAGCUCCACUGCAUGGAACAUUGUCCCUUCUAACUGGCAGUUCGGACAGACCUUCACGGGCAAAAAUUUCAGAACCUAACCUCAAAGGAAGAAAAACCAAGAAAACAAUAUUUUAAAAUUUUGUGUUUGUUUUUUUUUUUUAAAUUUAACGAGAAAAAGAAGAAGAUAAUUGAAAUGAGGAGUGUGUGUGUGUGUGUGUGUGUGUUUGUCUCAACUUUAAGGAGAGUUGAUUCAGUGUUGCCAAAUGGAAGACUUAAAGCAAAUUUGGAAGCUUGAAGUGGCUGCAAAAUGGUGUGGCCCUCGGCUAUCUUUCUUCCUUUAUUUUCAUUUAUUUAUAUAAAGAAAAAUGAAAUAUCUACUUUAGGGUCCUUUUUGCUUGAGGCCAAAACAAAAUGUUCGGAUGAUUUUGUGCAUUUAAUGAGUUGCAAUUUUGAUUUU